AUGCACUAUACAGUUCUAUUUGCAUCUUUCUUCACGUCGCUGUCGAUAGCAGCUGCUAUAUCUCCUUUGGAUCUCGUCCGCGAGCCCGCCGCAAUCUUUCGCCAUUCGAUCUCCUAUCGCAACGGCGAGCAGAGCCCGAUGAAUCCAGGCCCCAUUCAAAAUCAUGGAUCAGCGGGGACUGGGCAGCAGUCGCCAAAUGAUAACAGCGGUGGGGUGGACGAUAACACGCUCUCUAUCUCCGAUGUUCUCCCUCAAACUCGAAAGAUCAACAUCUUUGCCUCCCUUACACGCGACGUUUCUACCGUGACCGGGCGUCUGGAAUCAACCAAACCGGAAGAUAAUACCACGCUACUUGCUCCACUCAACAGUGCAAUGCAAGCUCUUCCACGCAAGCCGUGGGAAGACAGGCCUGGUGAAGAUUCGGCGGUGUCGGCCGCAUGGAAUGAAGAUAAAGCGGCACAGAACUUGCAACGAUUCGUGGAAGAGCAUGUUGUACCCACCAGUCCUUGGAAAAGAGGCCCGGAAGGCAAGAUCAGUACACUGGGUGGACAAGAACUAUGGUGGGAUGAGAAGGAUGGCCAAAAGGUCAUCAUGCCGGGCAACCUGGUCGUGGAUGGGAUCGUCGGGCGGGUAGGAAACGGAGAAGUCUGGGCCGUGAAAGGCAUUGUCAAUUAUGCAUAA